AUGGCACCAUCCCACAACCACACCACCUACAGAUUGCACGACGGUAGCGAGAUCCCAGCCAUCGCCUUGGGCACUUGGAGAUCCAGCAACGAAGACGCCCAGAAAGCCGUCAAGAUCGCCUUGCAAAACGGAUACAAGCACAUCGACACCGCCUCUGCCUACGGCAACGAGGAAGGCGUCGGUAAGGGCAUCAAGGAGUCUGGCGUCAAAAGAGAGAGAAUCUUCCUCACCACCAAGUUGUGGAACACCGAGCACAAGAACCCCGAGGCUGCGUUGGACGCCAGCUUGAAGAGGUUGGGCACCGACUAUGUCGACUUGUACUUGAUGCACUGGCCUGUUUCCAACGACGAUGACAGAGAGUCCAAGGACGAGGACUACGACUACAUCGAGACAUAUAAGGCCAUGCAGCCGCUUGUGGAGACCGGCAAGGCCAAGGCAAUUGGCAUCUCCAACUUCACCAAGGAAAGAGUUCAGAAAUUGUUGGCUGACAAGGAUGUGACCAUCAAGCCCGUGGUGAACCAGAUCGAGGCACAUCCUUUGUUGGUGCAGCCAGAGUUGACUGAGUACUUGACCCAGGAGAACAUCUUCGUCGAGGCUUACUCUCCGUUGGGCUCUCAGGGUUCUCCUUUGUUCAACGUUCCUGCCAUCAAGGAAAUUGCCCAGAAGUAUGAUGCUUCCGUGGGCCAGCUCCUCAUCUCGUGGGCUGUCCAGAGAAAGACGGUGGUGUUGCCCAAGUCUGUUAACGAGGACAGAAUCAAGGAGAAUAUCCAGACGGUGCACUUGAAGAAAGACGACUUCGAGGCCUUGACCAACUUGAGCGGCAAGUAUGGUGUCCAGAGAACCAAUGUUGUUCCCUGGAACGUGUUCUAA